AUGGUGCGGAUUCUUAAUGAGGUACGGCCGGUAAUCACAAGUGCUAUGAAUGAUCGAUUAUUGCAAGCUUUUAUGCGGGAAGAGGUGGAGGAUACAUUAUUUCAGAUGUUCCCAACUAAAGCACCGGGGCAUGAUGAUUCUGAAUGGGGAAGGGAGUGUUUGAGAGUUUAA